UUUUUGCCAUUAUUUUUCGCUCUUUUAUAAAAGGAUAAUCUUUAAAUAUGAACGAUCAUAAACCCUCCGAGAGUUGUGAAAUCACUAAUCGUAGUGACUAAAAAAAAUCAUCACGAGCAGCCGCAAUUAACUCCUCAUUUAUCCCCUCCUCCAACUCCUUCUCUUGACGAGGCUUAGUAGGUCGUCGGAAAGGAAGUCGUUCGCCGACCCGGGGGCGGCGCAGGCGUCAUCAAGAGAGAAGGGAGUCAGGGCGAUCAAUAAGCGGCGUACUACCCCCGGCGGUGGCCUCAGGAGGGCAGGAGAUCAGUAGCGUACGAGCGUGCGAGCGGUGCACGACGAGGGUGCGUGCGUGCGUGGGGUGUGUGCGCAUAGAGGGUGAGCCGUGAGCGAGCGAGGGCGAGUGAGAGCGAAAUUGCCCCUCUCCUCCUCCUCCUACUCCCCCGGCGUUGCGGGAAAAACUCGCCUCAGCAUGCAACCACCACCGAGAAAAGGAAACUACGCGAAGUUUCUAAAGAAUGUGCACACGGAGCAGGCAGCAAAAUUGCAAGCAAAAAAUCAGCAUGAAUGCGACCUUCUGGAAGAUAUACGUAAUUUUACGAUUAAAAAAUCUGCCAUCGAAAAAUCCUACUCUGAGGCGCUGCUCAAGAUAUCAUCCGCAUACUUAAACAAAAAAAUACCAAAUAUACCAGAUCUCAAAGUCGAUGGAGCUGAAGAAAAAUGGAACAUGUGGAAUGUAUGGCGAACCGUGCUGGAGGAGAACGAGAAGCUGGCGCGCGCGCAUCUCGCUGCCGUUGAGGUUUUCCAGCAGCAGAUUGCCGAUGAUGCCAAGAUCCUCAGGAUGCAUAAAUUACAAGUUUCUAAGAAGGCAAUCGACCAAUUAUUAAUAGUACAAAAAGAACUGCAGACCUGCGUCCAGGACGUCGACAAAACGAAGAAGUCGUACUUUGAUGAGGAACAUAGCGCACACGAUGUACGAGACAAAGCAAAGGACAUUGAAGAAAAAUUGAAGAAGAAAAAGGGUUCCUUCUUCCAGUCGAUAACGACAUUGCAGAAAAAUAGCGCUAAGUUUAGCUCGAAGCGAGAUCAAUUGGAGGAGAAAUCAACCGGAGCACGCAAUGAUUAUUUACUGAGUCUCGCUGCCGCUAAUGCUCAUCAAAACCGAUAUUUUGCAGUCGAUUUACAAUCCACUAUGCAAUAUUUGGAGCAUGGGGUUUACGACAAGGUAACAGAAUAUUUAACAUUGAUGGGACGCACAGAAUUACUUACAUGUGUAGCCACGCAAAACAGCUUCGGCAAAAUUCGCGAUCAAGCUCAGCAGCUUACUAGAGAAUACAAUAUUCAAUGUUGCUGUUUAUACUAUCCCGUUUUGAAACAACAUAUUCAAUAUGAAUUUGAGCCCUGCGAUAAUGAUCCCAUAGAUAGGAUAACUGCCGAUCAUUCGGCAGCGACAACAUUGGGCAAUGAAGCGCGUCGCUGGUCGACGAAGAUUGCUCGCGAGAUCAGCAAUAUCCGCGAGAACAAUCGAAAACUGCAGAUAUUGCUACAAUUCAAAGAGGCUGGCCAAAAGACUGAUCCAAAUGAUCCUAAUGGUCCAGAUUUAGAUACGAAGAUCGAUGAGUUAAAACAUGUUAUUCGACGAGCAGAGACAACAAAACUCAAGGCUGAAGCGAGAUUAGAAUGUCUUCGACAGGGUGGAGUAAAUGUAGACGAAUUUCUGCAAGAGGCUGAAACGCUGAGCGUUCAGGAUAUUCCUCGUUCGGCCAGUUCUCUCUCCGUCAGAACAGAUGCAUCUGGUGCAGCGGAACAUCCAUCAUCAGACUCUUUCUAUGACAGCGAUGGCGAUGGCGGAAGCGAUUUAACAACCGUCGAACGACCCGGAAAAAAUGCGCCACAACAUGAAGAUGAAGUGGAAGAGAGGCAGAGGCACGACAGCGCUGAAGUCGAUGCGUUGUUAGAGCAGGAGAAGCAACGAAUGGAGCAGCUAACGGCAGGCUGGGACGAUCCUACAGCGGUUGAUUGGGACAAUCAGGAGAAAGACGAACAAGAAAUGACGCACGAGAUACCAGAGAUGCCUUCUAAUCAACCUAUAUACAAGUGUACUGCUCUCUAUUCUUACACAGCGCAAAAUCCCGAUGAGCUUUCCAUUGUAGAAAGUGAGCAAUUGGAUGUAGUGGGCGAGGGCGAUGGUGAUGGAUGGUUAAAAGCAAGGAAUUACCGGGGAGAAGAAGGUUUCGUACCUCAAAAUUAUCUCGAUGUGGAGAGAGAGCCGGAGGCUUCUACCGGCGGCUUGACCUCGCAGGGUCCAGGUUUGGUUCAACAAAUUUCCUUUUCAUCUGUCGAUUAUACGAUCGACGAUCAUGACGCCGUUGAUCCCGAUGCCGACUUGCAAAGUAUUGUUCCGGAAGAUGUUAUACAAAAUCAUAUUGGAGAAAUAGAACAAUAUUGUAUCGCACUCUACGAUUACGAUGCGACUUGCGACGAGGAGCUGAGCUUCCUAGAAGGUGAUAUCAUGAAGGUGCUGAGAAAAGAACCGCACGAUGUGGAUGACGGUUGGUGGGAAGGUGAGCUAAGAGAUCAACGAGGUAUCUUCCCUUCUCUCGUUGUGGAACCUUGCGGUCCGGAUGGGUCUCCUUUGACCCCACAGGACAAUAUAACACCACCGAGUUCUGCGCCGCCAGUCUUCACUCCACCAGAAAUACCAGAAUUUUUAUUAGCUGAUGAACUCGCUCAACUUGAUGAAUCGCAAGAAGAAAAGUCAGCAAUGAAUGGCGAUGGGGGUUUUAUGAUAAAUCUGUCCAAGAACCAAAAGGACCAAUAUGGCUCGCAAUUUGGAGAUGAUAAUUCGGAAGCACCAAAUAUAUUAGUUGUGGAAGUAUCAGAUGAAUCGGGUGAUAAGGCAGAGAAAUCCGAAGAUCCCAAAUCCGCUGACCAAGAAAACGAUUUUGGUCUUGGAGUGGCUCAGAUUGUCAUUACAGCUGCAACUCCAAUGGAAGAGAUCGAACAUCCUUUUCCUGGGGAAGAGGAGACUUCGGAAGAUCCAGGAAAAUCGGAAACCUCUGAAGCUGACCCUGAAGCUUCAAGUGCUGCUUCGGAUCCAAAUGAGAGCGAGUGUAAAGAAGAGGAAGAGGCAACUGUUAUUUUAGAUGAAAAAGAAGAAGAAGCUGAAGAAAAAUCCAUAAUCGACGAACUUCCUGCUGAUUCAGCACCGUUUCCGAUCAGUAGUAGUUCUGGAAGUGAAGCAGAAUCGAUCGCUUCAGGUCCCAGCACUAAUGAAAAUUCUCAAUCAAGAGGAACGGUGGUAGAAGUAACAGAAGAAGUCACAGAAAUUACGGAGGAAGAAGAAGAAGAAAUGGUACCAGGCAAAAUGCUAGUGGGAGGAAGGGCCAGUAUCCCGGAUGAACUUCAACCGGAUCAGUUAGAGAAGUUGCAGACUCUCAAGGAAUCAAACGCCUAGGGCUGACUGGGCCCCAGGGCCCACAAUGGCAAGAUUACAUUGCCUGAUGGCCACCCCGACAAUUUUCGACAUCUCUUAGAUUUCUGGCGAUCGCCUGAAGUGCUGAACAAGAAAGACUAAUUAAUAAAACUCUAAUAAGACUCUGAGACUGACAAGGUGCUUAUGGUGAUCGAGUAGUGGUGGAGAUAAAAAUGUUUUGUGGUUGAAUUAUAAUUAAGAUAAUAGGGCGUUAAUAGGUCAAUCGAGCUAAGAAAUAUUUAUAUUAUGAACUAUAAUCAUUUUUGUGUCCUUAGCAUUAGAUUCUGAUACUUUUCAACGAGAUUCUGUCAAUUUUAAUCUUUAGAACUCUGACGAAUUAUAGAUGAAUUUACAUGUUUGUUAUAAAACUGUUCAAACUAAGGUUUAAUCGAAGCGCAAGUAUUUUAAAAAUGUAAUGUUAAAUAUCUUAAGUAACCGAGCAGAAAUCUAUUUAUGAAACUAAGUAGAUUACUAUAUUGAUCUAUUAACAUCCUAGGAAAGAAGAGGAAAUGAUCUGACAAAUCAAUCAGCAGAAAGAUUAAAUUGAAUAAGAGAUAACUUAAGUUUGAUAAAGGUUGAUAAGAAAAGAAGAAGAAAAGAAGAAUAGAAGAGAAGAAUAGAAGAAUUAACAAGAUCACCAUGACAUUAUGCAAAACUUUAUAUAAGAUCACCGAGAUUGAUCCAUUCAUAAAAAGUUAGAAGCAUCAACUGUGUGUCCUAUUUUAGGGCAACAGGCUUUAAUGGGUUGAUUAGAAAAUCUCGACUUAGUAAAAUUGAUAAAGAGAUGGAGGAGUUUUUUUUUCGUAAGAGAUAGUGUACAGUGAGAUGAGAUAAAACGGAUUAUCGAUACCUGUAUACUGCAAAGAGUGUAAUAACUUGCACGCAGUUGUUGGUGUACAUUUCAAGGGAAUUACACUGGUGUUGCAUGUAAAAA